AUAUUGGCCAAUGGCCAACUCGCUGCUGGGCCCUGCGAUGCUCGUGCAUCCAAGCUGCCGAAUCCCGUCCGUUGAAUGCGAGGAACGCGCACUUCCAGAUGGAAAGACCUGGCAAAAUCGAAGGAGAGGGGCGGAGAUAGAGAGGAAGAUGCUCGGAGAGAGAGAGGAAGAUGCUCGGAGGAGAGAGAGGAAGAUGCUCGGAGAGAGAGAGGAAGUCGCGGAUAGAGAGAGGAAGAGGUACGGAGAGAGAGAGGAGAAGGCACGGAGAGAGAGAGAGGAAGAGGCACUGAGAGAGAGAGAGGAAGAGGCACGGAGAGAGAGAGAGGAAGAGGCGCGGAGAGAAGAGAGGAAGAGCGCGGAGAUAGAGAGGAAGAGGUGCGGAGAGAGAGAGAGGAAGAGGCGCGGAGAGAGAGAGGGAGAGGAAGAGGUGCAGAGAGAGAGAGAGGAAGAUUCGAAGAGAGAGAGAGAGGGAGAGGCGUGGAGAGAGAGAGGAAGAGGUGCAUAAACGAAGGGAGAGGUGAUGAUGG